CAUUUCAAUCUAACAAAAAAGACUUAAAAAAAAAACAGCAUCGGUUCUGUUCCAGUUGCAGAAUCAUUCUGCGUAAGUCUCACCCUCGCUGAUCGGUGUCACAACCCGCAUCAUCAUUUUCAUCGCCCUCUCCUCUCCUCUCCAAACCCUAAUUUCCCUCCCAGGUUCCAGAAUGGAGCAAUACUGGUCUGGGAGUGCUGUCAAUAGAAACAAAGGGAUGGUGGAGAAUUUGCAGCAAUAUGGAGUGAUCAAGUCCAGAAAGGUAGCUGAAAUAAUGGAAACUAUUGAUAGAGGUUUGUUUGUGCCCAAUGGAGCUCAACCUUAUGUAGACAGCCCCAUGCUGAUUGGAUACAAUGCCACAAUAUCUGCACCACAUAUGCAUGCCACCUGUCUUCAGCUGCUGGAGGAGAAUUUGCAACCAGGAAUGCGCGCUCUUGAUGUUGGCUCUGGAACGGGGUAUCUGACUGCAUGCUUUGCCUUGAUGGUUGGACCCCAAGGCCGGACUGUUGGUGUGGAACAUAUUCCAGAGUUAGUAUCUUUUUCAAUCCAGAAUAUUGAAAAAAGUGCUGCAGCCCCACAAUUGAAAGAUGGAUCCCUCUCUGUGUAUGUUACUGAUGGAAGGCAGGGUUGGCCGGAGUCUGCUCCUUAUGAUGCCAUUCACGUUGGAGCUGCGGCACCAGAAAUUCCCCAAGCACUUAUUGACCAGUUGAAGCCGGGUGGUAGAAUGGUUAUACCCGUUGGAAACAUAUUUCAAGAUUUAAAGGUUGUGGAUAAGAACUCUGAUGGUGCUAUCAGUAUCCGGACAGAGACUUCUGUUCGAUAUGUGCCUCUCACAAGCAAAGAAGCUCAACUGCAAGGUUAGUGAAGUGGAUGGCAUAUCCUUAAUUCUUGAAGGCUUGUACUUUCUAGUUUCUGCUAUGUGCGGUUGCCUGGACUACAUGCUGUAAGAAUUUGUACAGUUUGAAGCUGGUGUUAUAAAAUAAUACAUUCUUGUCAAUCAUCGGAGUAAUAGUAACAAAUAUUUCACAAGUAUUCACCUGGUUGUCUGAAUCUUUCUUUUUUGUCAAUUAAUAAAACUAUUUUCUGUGUAA